AUGGGGCGGGGUCCUGUGGAGAAGUGGGUGGGGCUACGGAGGCCGCAGGACGUUGGUGGGCGGAGACUAACGGAUGAUAAAAGGGUGGGCGGGGUCCCAGUUCAGGGGCGCGGUCUCUUCGGGUGGGCGGGGUAUAGGCUAAUGAUGCGGUGGUGGGCGGGACUCCGGGGCGGAGUCUUCUGGUGGGCGGGGCCUCCGCUGGCGGCCGGGGGGUGCUGGCGCUGCCAUGAGGUGCCCGUGCGUCGGGCUCCGCUCCGCCGCACCGUCUGCGCCCUGCGCGCCGCUCUGGGCGUCUCCCGCUUCGACGUGGGGCUGGUCUGCGCUGGCAACGCGUUAAUGCAGCGUCUGAACGGCGACUACCGACACUGCCCGGAGCCCACCGACGUCCUCUCUUUCCCGUUCCACCAAGUGGCGCCGGGGGAGCUGCCACGGCCGCGCUGCCGUGACGAGUACAACCUGGGGGACAUUUUCCUGGGGGUAGAAUACAUCCACCAGCAGUGCCGCGAGACCGGGGAGGAUUUUGACGAUGUUCUGACGGUGACCGCAGCCCACGGAUUGUGCCAUUUGCUCGGCUACCGGCACGACACGAAACCCGAGUGGGAGCAGAUGUACCAGAAGGAAGCGCAAAUCCUGGAGGAGCUGAACCGCCUCACAGGCUCCCGCCUGAGGGGGGUGCUCGCCCGCCUGCCGUUCCCCGCCGCCGCCUCCGAGCCGCCUCCCGCCGCCCUCCGAGCCGGCCACGCCGCCUCUUCGCUGCCUGCCGCCGCCGCCGCCCCGCGCACCAGAUACCUUUUGUACGAUGUGAACCCCCCUGAAGGGUUCAACCUUCGCAGAGAUGUCUACGUGCGGGUUGCUUCUCUUUUAAAGACCCUGCGGAAAAGCGAAAACUGGGUGUUGGUUCUGCCUCCCUGGGGACGUCUUUAUCACUGGCAGAGCCCUGACAUCCUCCAGGUCCGGAUCCUGUGGUCUGAGUUCUUUGAUAUCCCAAGCCUCAACAAAAACAUCCCUGUCAUCGAAUAUGAGGAGUUCCUUGCAGAGUCAGGUGGGCCCUUUAUUGAACAGAUUUAUGUGCUGCAAGGCUUCGCAGAAGGAUGGAAAGAAGGAACAUGGGAAGAAAAAAUAGAUGAAAGGCCGUGCAUUGAUCAGCUGAUGUACUCCAAAGACAAACAUGGCUACUACAGGGGCUGGUUCUGGGGUUACGAGGAAACACGAGGCCUAAAUGCCUCUUGCUUGUCUGUCCAAGGAUCUGCCUCUAUUGUGGCUCCCAUUCUUCUGAAGAACACUUCAGCGCAGUCAGUGAUGUUAGACAGAGCUGAGAACCUUCUUCAUGACCACUACGGAGGGAGAGAUUAUUGGAAUACCCGUCGGAGCAUGGUGUUCGCUAAACACCUCCGUGUGGUGGGAGACAAGUUUAGGAAGAAAUAUCUUCAGUCCACCGAUGAGGCAGACAAGACUCAGUACAAGGAGGACUGGACACAGAUGAGGGUUAAGACGGCCACAGCUCUAGGUGGCCCAUACCUUGGGGUUCAUCUCAGAAGGAGGGACUUUAUUUGGGGUCACAGAGAAGAUGUGCCUUCCCUGCAAGGAGCGGUAAAGAAAAUCCACAGCCUCUUGGAGACACUUAAACUUGAAAAAGUUUUUGUAGCCACUGAUGCUGUUGAGGAAGAGAUUGAACUGCUCAAGAAACUGUUGCCUGAGAUGGUGAGGUUUGAACCCUCUCUGGAGGAGCUGGAACUCUAUAAAGAUGGGGGCUUGGCUGUGAUUGACCAGUGGAUUUGCGCACAUGCAAGGUAUUUUAUAGGCACCUCAGUUUCAACAUUUUCCUUCCGAAUCCACGAGGAAAGGGAGAUCUUGGGAUUUGAUCCAAAAACAACUUACAACCGAUUUUGUGGUGAAAGAGAGAAAAACUGUGAGCAGCCAACUCACUGGAAGAUUGUAUAUUAAACACAGAGAAAUACAAGGUUUUGAUACUGUUAAGAGUUCAAAAUAAUAAGGAAAAACUAUGGGGAAUUACCUGCCUUGGAACAAAGUGUGACCCAGUCCUGUGCUCUUAGCACCCGCUCCCCUUCCAGUGUCGGUGUGACGUGGGGGGAGUGGGCAUACUGCUCAGUGUCUCUGGACCUCACAGCAUUUCUCCGUAGGUCCCCAGUAGAAAUGGUCCCCAGGCUGCCUUCCUUGAGUGGUCCCACAUGCACCAAGUGGUUGCUACAGACUUCAGGGGCCUCCUGGCUGCAGAACUGGGUUCUGGGAGGUCGUAAAGCAAUGCCCAGGCUACGCCUGUUUAAACCAGCCUCAUCUGUUGGAGCAUUUCCUACCUGUCCAUGGUUCUCUCUCUGGGUCUGUGGUCAUUUUUUAACUAUAGAGCUGGCCAUGCCACCAGGAGUGCUCACCCUGGGAGCACCAGGCUGUUCCCAGGAAGGGACAAAGCUGCCACUAGAAUAAAAGCUGGGGGGGAGAGGGGGGAUGCUGCUCCCACUCCAAGGGAAGAGCCUGCAAGGCCCAUUCAUUGGGCACUCCUCUUUCAUGUGAAGGCACAUUUCCUAGCGCAGAAAGAGCUUGGUACCUGGUGGAGCUGGGCCAAGAUUGCGUUUUUUGGAGGCAAUUCCCUCCUCUGCCUGCCACAGCACUGGCCAGGAUGGAAAAGGAGGGUGAGUAUGUUCAGCACUGCUGCUGGAAGGGGGACAGUGCUGGUGGCCCCUCAGGAGGGUCCUGGCUGCUUCGGGGCCUUGCUUUUCCACUAGUUUGUGUCCACAAAGGAAAGACACACAGAAGGCAGCACCAUCACCAUAGCCCUGUACUCAGGAGUCCAUCAGCCUUCCCCACAGUGAAAGUGGUUAAACUUUUCAACCACUCUGCAAAACUCAGCACCACUGCAAAUCUAGAGGAGAAUAACAGUAUAUCCACAGGGGGUUCUGGCACUCAUUGCCCAUUAUGUAUCUGAGGAGUGCUUAUUUUACAUCUCCACAAGUGUGGCUAAAGCCACACUUACAGAGCAAUACUAAAUUCUCACCAAUUUGUACCAAUAGUAAUAAUUCUCUUCAAGUGUACCAAUAAAAACAAGCCUUUAAUAACAUUAUUUCUUAGAUAACUGUUGGGGAUGGAAUCAAAUACAAAGAAAAAAUUUAAAUGUAGAAAAUCAAUAUAUUAUUGCACACUGAUACAGUGUUUCUGCUUUUGGGCUCUGCAGGUGUUUUUUUCUUCUUCCUGUUGUAUCUGAUGUUGUUUGGGGUGAUAGCAAGUAAGAGAGCAGGAAGGGCCUUUGCAGGGGUUUUACAGAAAUCUUUAUUUCAGCCACGUGUGUGCACCCUCCAUCAUUUGGAGAACAAAGGCAAAAGAGAGGCUCCAGGUAAGUACAUGGGAUCAGCAGGGCAGGGAAGAGCAUCAGAGACCAAUUACCAGGGGACAUGGGGGUGUCACAAGGGAGGGGUUGGGGCAUGGGCGUCAACAGUGAAACAGGGUGGCAGUGACCGAAAGACUGACAGACAGGGAGAGGGCACAGGGCUGACCCAGGGAACAGAACAGGGCUUGCUUUGGCAGGAUAAAACAGGAUCUGCUAUCAAGAGAGGGCAAUUGAGAGAGGCCUCUCAUUUUCCCUAAUUGGGAAUGCCUUCGGUCUCCACAACUCCCCUUUUCUUUGUUAAUUAAAAUCAAAUGGUUGAGGCAACUAAAGAACACAAAAUGACAAAAACAAUCAAAAGCAUUCAUAAAACAAUUUUCAAAAUGCAAGCUAUGUUUUGAGUCCCCAAUGUCUGAACAGAUUUUUGAAGCAUCUUGGAACUGGUAGGAAGGGAGGUGAGGUUUUCUUCACAUGGCUUGUCAGGAAACUGAGUCAGGAAAGGGAUUCUUCAGCAUUGACUGGCACUCUGGUGGCUGUGAGCAAUGAGCAAUGUGGUUAGCUACGACUGAGCCUGUACGAGGUAAAAUGGGGGUGGAGUACCUGCUGGAACUUCAAAUAGAAAUCAUUAAUUUUGAAGAAAAAACAAAGGUUGUUACUUUGGGAGAUUUUUCUUUCUUCAC